UCAGCUCGCCCGGCCGAAGGCCGACCGGCUCGGCGGACGGGGGCGGAGCCGCGGUACCUGCCCGCAAAGCACCGCCCCUGGGACCCGCCCGGCAGCUCCCGGAGACCCUCGGCCCCGCCCCCGGCCGCCGCUCCAGGGUCUCCAGGGCUGGGUACCGGGUCCCUCCGGCCGGGAUCCCCAGCGCCCGCGCUCAGGUGCCACCGCUGGGAGGGUGACCCGCAGCCCAGGGACCACCCGAGCCCCUUCCGGUCGGAAGCACCCCACAGGUCGGACCGGAAGGGGUGCCUCAACGCUGCAGUGUGACAAAGGAAGUCCCGCCUCUGCCGCGCCGCUGGCACCGCGGACGCCACCGAUCUCCGAGCCGGUCUCGGAGGGGCGGGCAGAUUUGGUUCUGGAGCUGCCAUGAUUGAAGUGGUGGCUGAGCUGAGUCGAGGUCCUGUAUUUCUGGCGGGGGAGGCUCUGGAAUGUUUAGUGACUGUCACUAAUCCCCUGCCCCCGACCGCCACUUCUGCAUCCAGUGAGGCUCUGGCCUGGGCCAGUGCCCAGAUCCACUGCCAGUUCCAUGCCAGUGAGAGUCGGGUAGCACUGCCACCCCCCGACUCCAGUCAGCCAGAUGUGCAGCCCGACAGCCAGACUGUCUUUCUGCCACACCGAGGUGAAAGGGGUCAGUGCAUCCUUUCUACUCCACCAAAAAUUCUGUUUUGUGACUUGAGGCUAGAACCUGGAGAGUCCAAAUCAUAUUCCUACAGCGAAGUGCUGCCCACGGAGGGUCCACCUUCCUUUCGGGGUCAGUCGGUCAAGUACGUCUACAAACUGACCAUUGGCUGCCAGCGCGUCAACUCACCCAUCACUUUACUCAGAGUCCCUUUGAGAGUUCUUGUGCUGACUGGUCUUCAGGAUGUCCACUUUCCCCAAGACGAGGCUGUGGCUCCAUCCAGUCCGUUCUUAGAGGAGGAUGAGAGUGGGAAGAAGGAUUCAUGGCUAGCUGAGCUGGCUGGGGAGCGCCUCAUGGCCCUCACCUCCUGCCGCAGUCUCCAUCUAUACAAUAUCAGUGAUGGCCGAGGGAAAGUCGGGACAUUUGGUAUCUUCAAAUCUGUGUACAGACUCGGCGAGGACGUGGUGGGGACCUUAAACUUAGGGGAAGGAACUGUGGCUUGCUUGCAGUUUUCAGUAAGCCUGCAGACUGAAGAGCGCGUGCAGCCUGAAUACCAGCGACGCCGUGGGACAGGAGUUGCCCCUUCAGUGUCCCAUGUGACUCACGCCCGGCACCAGGAGUCCUGCCUGCAUACGACUGGAACCAGCUUCUCUCUGCCCAUCCCUCUCUGCUCUACCCCUGGCUUCUGCACUGCCAUUGUGUCUUUGAAGUGGCGAUUGCAUUUUGAGUUUGUAACAUCCCGAGAACCAGGACUGGUCCUCCUGCCCCCAUUGGAGCAGCCUGAACCUGCAACCUGGACAGGGCCUGAGCAGGUGCCUGUAGACACCUUCAGCUGGGACCUUCCCAUCAAAGUGCUUCCUACAAGCCCCACCCUGGUCUCAUAUGCUGCCCCAGGCCCCAGCACCAGCAGUAUAACUAUCUGAAACUGGCCCACAUGCCCACCGUGGCACUAAUUUCUUCUAGAUACUGAAACUCAACACCUGGACUCGGGUGGGGCCCGCUUUCCCACACGGGGCCCCCGCAGCACAGGCGAUGAGAAACAGGCUUUCAGCUGUAGCAUUGAUUUAUUUAUUCAGAGUAAAUUGGCAGCUGCUAGUGGUUUCCCUGGAAGUGGCAGCAGCAGUGAGCAGUCAGCAGAUGGGUGAUCCUUUAGCUGGAGUGCGGAGCAGGAGCCCCAGGAACAGGGGUGUUAGCUGAGCCCCAUUCUAGGUCAGGUCCUCCCCCUUUGCAGGGCAGCUGAGGGUCAGAUUUUUGCACUAGAGAGAACUGACAGGUCCCUGCCUCCUGGCGUACUUCACACUCCGCAGGGAAGUCAACAGGAUGCUGAGACCUAGGAAGCCAAAGAUUGGGAGAGUCAGGACAGCGAACGGCCACCUUUACGGCAUGCCCUUCCUUCUCAGCCAUCCUCCAAGAGCCUCCUUUAGUGUCCCCCAGACUCCCUAACUUAGCUCUCUAGUCCCAUUGAAGGAGUGUGUCCCUCCAGAUCUACCUCAACUCCCUUUCUUGUUGGUGCCUUCACAUCUGCGGUUGCAUGAUGCUCUUCUGUUCAUUCUUGCCUCCCAGAAAUCUAGUUACCCCUGGCCAUCGCUCAGUCACAUCAGUGGCAUUCCCUCUGGCCAUUCUUGGUCACUUACGUGUCACAGCAGCCCACACCAACAGGAUGCAGACAGGUACAAUGGAAACAGUCCUUGCGGAGCCAAGAUUCACCCAGGGUGAAAUAUUUCCCGUCAUAGUGGCAGGGGGCUAGGGAAGAAUGAAUUGUUCUGUUAGGAGGUGAGAAUUGGGAGUGUUGGCCGCGGUCUCUUCUGGUCUGGGGUAGGAGAGAAGCCAUGCGCACUAGCCCUCUCUAGUCCUUCCUGUUUCACAGAUGGAAGGACUGACUACUGGAACAUAGGGUCAUCUCUGAGCUACCCCAUCUCUCCUUAAGCAUCAGUCCGCCUUACCUUGAGCUUGGAAGUAACACUUGCUGUUGACUCCUGGGUGCUGCAGGAGCAGAGACACCACCAAGCUGAUGAUCCUCCAGCCUCCCAGGAUCCCCUUGCCCUGUCCAGCCCAGAGCAUCCUGAAUGCCAUUCCUGCAGCUCAGUUCUCAGACCCUUCUUGGCUUGGGUUCAGAUUCCUCUGGCCAGAUCCCCUGCUUCCCUUGCCUUGCUCCUUGACUCUCGGGUUUCUCUCUCCUUGGGCUCCUGUCUCAUACCAUGGCAGUGCCCUCUGCUCUUACAGGCUGGCGAUGUUUAUAAAGUGAGGACCCUGGCCCCCUGCUGAGUAGAACUGGACAGGCUGUAACUCCGUUUCCUGAGGUGAGGGCAUGAAAACAAGAGGUCCAGCUUUUAACAAGCUGUGAGAGCUGAUUCAUGCCCCCACACAGCUAGGAGGAGGGAGGUGGCCAUGGAAGGGGCACUGGCCUGGGCGCUACCCCAGCCAGGAGGGGGAGGGUUGAAGGCCCCAGGUGGUCCCCAGAUCUCCUUGACCUGCGGAGAGGAAGCAUUCCAUCAACCCUCCCUCCACCACCAGGGGUGUGUGUGCUGGGAUCCCUGCCUGGACCGGAGGGAGGCAUUUCCUGGGGAUGGCUAAGCCUGUGCCCCAGCCAAACCAAGGCGCUGCAGCAGCAGGGUGCAAUUGCCAGAGACUCCAGGAGAGCCGGCCGGUCUGGAGUGGAGAGCAGUUUCCUUCAGUUCCUGGGGUAGGGUGUCCCCGAUGCAUCUGCGAAAUGGCUACCCCCAGCACUGUGGGAGAGGGGUUCAUCCACAGGCACCCCAAAGAUAAACUUUCCAUUGUUUUUUACCCCAAAUGGGCAGCAGGUGCCAGAUUGCCUCAUGCCUAGCAAUGCCCUACCUCAAGGAGAAGCAUCUCUUCUGAGUACCGGGAUAGAAAUUGUCCCACUUCCACAGAGGUGCCCCCUCUUUCCUCAUGGCAGAACAAGGCCUCAUGGACUUCAGUCUUUGGCAUUCUUUGAGUUUUGCAGGCUCUGGAAGGCUGUAGACGGACUGCUGGGACGCGGGUGGUGACUCUUACUAGCCAUCUGCCUCACAAAAGUCACAUCACCUCUGUCAGCCUUUCUUCACCUGCACAUUGAGAGUAGAAACGCCAGCUUGCGGGCUCAUCCUGAGGUAGCAUGUGGGAUGUUCUUAGCACCGUCUUUGGCCCAUGGCCCUCAGAAAACAGCCACUUAUUGAGGCUAAAGCUCAGAGGCAAAAUGCUGAUGUUCUUUCCUCUGGGAAGCCAGGAAGCAGCUCCACUGGGGACUGCACUCUCUAGGCCAACUUCUGCCUUGCACAUUUAAGCUCCAAGGUACCCACCCUACUGCCUCCUUCAAAAGCAAAUGUGGGGUUGGGCAUUUAGCUCAGUGGUAGAGCGCUUGCCUAGCAAGUGCA